GGUUUCAUAAAAUGUGGCCUCAAAGACGCAUACAAUUUAACGAAAGCUGGGAAAGAAAAAAGGAUUAUUUGAUUCGGAGUCUCUUUGAAGAUGUCCCACUUCUGUCACCAGUUCAAGAAGCUGAAGAAUCAGUGUCUGAUGAAUCAUCAGACUUGGGACUGUGGAACCCAGUGGAUGAGGUAAAAGACUCGCGCCCGUACAGUCCCCUACCUCCGUUGAUAAUUGAGAGAGUACCCAACUAUCACGAUGAGACUGAAGAGUAUUACAAGGAGCUCGAGAUUAAGAUGAAAAAGCUGUACAGAAAACUGUUCGUUGAAGGACGCAACGAAAGCUCUGUGGACAGCGGUGAUGAUUCUCCUAAUAUAAGCCCAAGUAGAACUUCAUCGGAGUAUUCUACCGACGCUGUGAGCUCCCAAGGCUCUCGCAGUACUUCCAGUACCGGUGAAGAUACCGAGAACCAAACGAAAUCAACCAUUGAACUUGACAAUCAAACUAAUGACGAUUUUGAUACAAUUAUAGAGAAUAACAACUGUGCAAUCAUUAAUGGAAGUAAUUCAAGUGAUGGAACUAGUCGAAGCGGACAUGACAGAUUAAUCACGAGCGACAGUGAGGUUGUCAUUUUAAAAGACAAUCUAGAUGCCGGUGACAGUGGAAAGUCUUCGAAGAGUGAUUCGGGAUGUUUCAGAAGAAUAACGAUAGAAGCGGAAAUACACAGGGAACCGGAUGGCAUUUCGGAGACUGUGAAAUUUAGCCCUGAGAACACUCUAAGCAGUCACGUCAGAAAUGAGAAAGUUAGCGUGGAAGAACAUAUGGAUUCACCCGACAACGACAGUCCAGUAAGCCCGGAGAUUAAUUCCAAUGAUGGAAUAGAGAUUAUGAGGUCGGCACAGAUUAUAUCGGCACAUGAAUUUGAAAGUAAACCACCCAGCCACUCUUACGACUACAGUAGCGCAAGUGACGAGAGCGGCCCGUAUCAUGAAUUUAAACAUGAAAUCAGCGAGGAGCUAAACAUAUCCGAUAUUGGUGCCCGAAUAACUGAUUUUGAUAGGAUCAUGCAAACAUCCACUCCUAAUCACAGGAAGCGACGGGAAAGUUUCAUUUUCCAGUUAAGCAACCCCGUGAUUCCGGUGAAGAAGCACAAAAACGCCGCUGUGCAAGUCAACGAGGAAAACUAUUGGAGUUUACUGAGCGAUCGUUUCUUCGUAGGCAAACCUAAAAUAUUUAGGUUAUGUUCGUGCGUUAAUCAUUUUUGUGAUUGUUAA